GUAACAAUCGUUUAUACUCUCGCGCAUGAAGAAACACAUGCAUUGGAUGGAGGCGCUGGGCUGCCUUCUUGAGGAAUUCGCGGGUAAGCAGAACCAAAGCCGCUGGUGAGAUCUGGUGGAAACAAAAUGGGGGCCUGGUCUUCGGACAACAUGAAAGGGGUGGUUGUGGCGCUGGUUUCCAGUGCAUUCAUUGGAGCCAGUUUUAUAAUCAAGAAAAAGGGUCUCAGGAGGGCAGCAGCAGCCUCUGGUGUACGCGCAGGCGUGGGAGGGUAUUCGUAUCUGUUAGAGCCUUUGUGGUGGGCGGGCAUGCUUACUAUGAUUGUAGGAGAGGUUGCAAAUUUUGUUGCUUAUGCAUUUGCUCCUGCAGUUUUGGUGACUCCUUUAGGUGCACUGAGCAUAAUUAUCAGUGCUGUACUAGCAAACUUUAUGCUGAAGGAGAAACUGCAUAAAUUGGGGAUAUUGGGCUGUGUUAUGUGCAUAGUUGGUUCGGUGGUUAUUGUGAUUCAUGCACCUCAUGAAAGUUCUAUUAGCUCCGUUGAAGAAGUUUGGCAUCUGGCAACUCAAACUGCAUUUUUGCUGUACGUGGUGUCUGUUGUGGCCAUAGUUAUGGUGUUGAUAUUCCAUUUUGCCCCACGAUGUGGAAAUACAAAUGUGUUGGUUUUCACAGGCAUUUGCUCUUUAAUGGGCUCCUUAUCGGUCAUGAGUGUGAAAGCACUGGGCAUUGCUUUGAAGCUCACUUUUGAGGGAAAUAAUCAGUUAAUUUAUCCAGAGACAUGGUUUUUUACAAUGGUAGUGAUUACCUGUGUUAUCAUGCAAAUGAACUACUUGAAUAAGGCUCUUGACACUUUCAACACUGCGGUGGUUUCUCCAAUUUACUAUGUCAUGUUCACAACGCUAACCAUCCUUGCAAGUAUCAUAAUGUUCAAGGACUGGGAUGGUCAGAGUGCAAGCAAGAUUGCAUCAGAGAUUUGUGGUUUUAUCAUUGUUCUUUCUGGAACAGUUCUGUUGCACAUAACAAAAGAUUAUGACAAGAGCCCUUCAAUGAACAUGUAUACACCUUUGUCACCCUCUGUAUCAGCACAUUUCAGCCAUGGAAGUGGAGAAUUUAAUCAGUGUGCUGACGAGCAGGGCUUGUUUUCAGAAGAUCGCCCUUUCCAAAAAGAUGACUCAUGUUAGUUUGUAUUGAAGUUGGCACUUACUAAAAUAUCUUGAGAGCAUCCUAGGUGUGGGGAAUAUCAAGUAAAAUUGUGGUGCGUGUGAAUCAGUUGCUUGCAACUUGUUCCCCGGAAACUGAAGAGAUCACUUAUUUUCAGUCAUUCUGGCAGACAAUAAUGUGGUCUCAUGGGAUGCAUUUGUUGCUAUUUAGAUUCUCCAUUCUGCUUGUGCACUUGCUCAAUGCGAUCACAAUUCUGGUUCAAAAAAGGAACAGUUGCUGCUGGGUCCGGACUGUACAGAGACAUAAGAAUUCUAAGAUAGUGGUGGCUGUAGGAGGGAUUAACAGGCAAGUGCUAGGCAGGAUGAAGGCUCGCCUUUGUGUCGUAAAAUAUUGAUACCCAUUUUCUUGAUGUAAGGGAAGCAAGAUCAUCAUAAAUUUAUAUUUCGGCAAAGAAAUUGCCAAGGCGUGCCCAAUUGUUCCUCAUGCUCGAAGGAGGCUUUUUAUAAAUAGGAACAAACUGUAAUUGUCUGUGACAGUAUUACAGAGUAAGAUAUACUGCACACAGAAAGAACAAAGUGGACGAUACGGAGUCACAGGCAAGGAGGUAUUUUGAAAAUGUUUUUGAUUGAGUAAGUUGGUGCACUCAAAUGUAAUGAAUGGAGAUAGUUUGUUUUAGAAAGUGAUUAAAUGGUACAUUUUAAGAGCUCAAAUUCUUGUA